GUUCGAGGCUGCCACGCGGUUGUUCCUUGCGGUUGUCGCGUGGUGCUUUGUCCCAUGCGCGUCCCAUGUGGCUGUCCCAUCGUUGCCCUGUGAUUGUCUAGUGCGUUUGUCCCACGAUUGCUCCGCAGCUGUCCUUUCUUUGUCCCCUUUAUUGUUGCUGCUGGUGUUGUUGAUCUUUCUCGUCGUCCUCCACCUCCUUGUCCCCAUCCUCUCCUCGUCCGUCCCCUACGUAGCCAUUCUGGCUUCAGCCUCCUCCGAGCACAGACCUGACCCGAGCCCCGCUUGAGGCGAGCCCCCGCGCAUACGAUGGCGGAGCAGGUGAAGCUGUUUGGCAGGUGGGCGUACGAGGACGUCAACGUGUCCGACCUCAGCCUGGUCGACUACAUCGCCGUGAAGGCGGGAGCGCACACGUACCUGCCGCACACGCAGGGCCGCUACCAGGCGAAGCGUUUCCGCAAGGCCCUGUGCCCCAUCGUCGAGCGCCUCUGCUGCUCCAUGAUGAUGCACGGCCGUAACAACGGCAAGAAACUGAUGGCCGUGCGCAUCGUGAAGCACGCGUUCGAGAUCAUUCACCUCCUGACGGACAAGAACCCCAUCCAGGUCUACGUGGACGCCGUGAAGAACGGGGGGCCCCGUGAGGACUCGACGCGAGUCGGCUCCGCCGGCGUCGUGAGGCGUCAGGCCGUCGACGUCUCGCCGCUGCGCCGUGUGAACCAGGCCAUCUACCUGAUCUGCACGGGCGCGCGCAACAGCGCCUUCCGCAACAUCAAGUCGAUCGCCGAGGCGCUCGCGGACGAGAUCAUGAACGCCGCGAAGGAGUCUUCCAACAGCUACGCCAUCAAGAAGAAGGACGAGAUUGAGCGCGUGGCCAAGGCGAAUCGCUGAGGAGCCCUGAGGGGGGCCUGGGCGGGAGGGCUCGGCGCUCGGUGUGCUGCCCACCACUGUGGCGCGGAAGAGCCCCUCGUCCAUCCCGCUCAUCCUCUUCCUCUGCCCCCCAUCCUCGUUCCCCCCCCCUGCUCUUCUGCUUCUGCGUCGG